CCGCCUCCCGAAGGAACUGCAUGUCCCCCUUUCCUUUAAAUCCCCCAUGGCCACGCCUCCUUUGCUUAACGCAGAGCCCGCUUUCAGAAUUUUUGAUCUCCAUUACUGAUCCGCAAACUCCUUGAUCGAUGGCUGCACAGCAGGCGGAACCCAGCGUUGGGGGAGACGAGCAGCUGCUGCAUGGUGAUCAGAGGUGGGGAACUCAGGUGAUGGGUGCGCCGGCCGAACCCUCGGCGCACCCACAGAACCAGCAGGCCGCACACUGGGCGCCCACGGCCGGCGAGGACCUCCAGGAGCAGCAACAGCAGCAGCGGGCGCCGUACCCCUAUGUGGUGCAGGCGCCGGUGCAGAAGCCCAACAGCGCCAUGGACACCGCCCUUCAUAAGUUCAACAAAUGGAGCAAGAAGGCCGAGGCUCUCGCUUCCAAUAUUUGGCUCAACCUGAGGACGGCCCCGUCCAUGUCGGAGGCAGCUUGGGGCAAGGUGAGCCUGACGACGAAGGCAUUAACCGAGGGAGGAUUUGAGUCGCUGUAUAAGCAGACCUUCCAGUCAGAAGCGGCCGAGAAACUGAAGAAGACGUUCGCGUGUUACCUGUCGACGUCGACCGGUCCGGUCGCCGGAACUCUCUAUCUCUCCAACGUGAAGAUCGCCUUCUGUAGCGAUCGCCCCCUCACCUUCACUGCUCCUUCCGGCCAGGAAGCGUGGAGCUACUACAAGGUGGUGAUUCCAUUGGAGAAGGUGGAGCAGAUCAAUCCAGUGAGGUCGAACAAGGAAGCUGGAGGGGAGAGGUAUAUUCAGGUGACCGCCAUGGACGGCCAUGAUUUCUGGUUCAUGGGCUUCGUCAGCUAUGACAAGGCCCUCACCCAUCUCCUCGACACCCGCUCUGAGUUUGCUGCUGCUGCUGCCGCCGCCGCCUCGCAGCAGACGCCGUCAUCUUGAACCAGCCGGCUAGCCGGAGGGCUGUCAUCAUCGUUGUCGUCGUGUUAUCUAGAUUUUUCUACACAUUUUUUUUUCUUUGGAUGAAGUGUUUCUGGUAGCACAUAUGUGAAAAUUGUUUGGAGGAUGUUCGUCUUUUUUUCCCUAUAUAGGACUGUUUGAUUGGCAUGGAAUAUUUUUUUUCCGGUU